AUGUUGGAUGAAUUAGUCGAAGCGAACGUAGAGGAAGUGGAGCAAGAGGGAGAUCUAUGCGAUUCCAAUGCAGUCCAAACUCGCAUUCAGCAGCUAAAGGAAAGAAUCGCGAAGUUAGAUGACUCAAGUCAAGUUCUCAAGCUGCUUGCAGAAGAACAGGCAGCCGAAAUCAAUGCAAAGGAAGUAUUACUUACCCGAAAAAGUGAGCAUGUCGACGAAUUGCUGGAGCAGAUUAAGAAACUAAACUUAAAAUUCGACCCAAAGUGUGUUGAGUCUCAAACUCCGGAACUGGAGAUGCAACAAUUAAAUGCUCACAUAAACGAGCUUCGUGAGCAAGUAAAACAAAAUGAAGAAGCUUUUUCAAUGGUGUGUGCAGCUCUGACUGCAAGAGAAAAACUAAUGAGUCAGAAAGAUGACGAAUUAUCUACAGCAAUAAUAAUAGAGAAGGAGCUUCGAAAGGAGGUGGGUCAACAACAGGCAAUCAUCCGUCGGCUUGAGAAGACUGUCGAGGAUUUGCAACCUCAAAAAGUAGACGCAUGCCUGUCGCCUCGAAGUUUUCGAGAAAAUCAGCUUAUUCGACUACGUGAUGAAGCAAUUGACGCCAAGACGCGCGAAGUGUGGUUGCUCUCGGGUCAAUACGAUAGACUACGCGUGCAGCUAGGUGAGCAAGAAUCAGCAUUAGAGAGACUGCAAAUUAAUGUCACUUCGAAGGAAAAUGAUUUGAUGCAACAACAACGCAAGAUCAAUCGUUUGGAAGCCGAAAUUGAGACUUUGCAGGCUGGGCUCAGUCAGGCUGAAGGAUGCGAGAAAGCAAUAAAUAUUGCGACAACACAAAAUGCCAAAUUACUGAAGACUUUGGAAGCUUCAGAAUUGGUGGUAGAUGAUUUAAAAUCACGACUUGAUGUAAAGGAACGGGAAUGUGAGCAGCUACGAACUUCACUUCGUGAAUAUACUAAGCGCUCGGCUGAGAGCGAAGUGGAAGUUCUUAAUAAAACUAUGCAAGCAGAGGGAAAGAUAUUAUUAGUGAAUGGUUUGCAGGAGAAAGCUCGCCGCGAGCGUGAAAUGAUGCAAAAGGAAUUAUUUGUGUCGAAUUCAAAUUAUCAGAUGGAGAUUGAAAAACUUCAGGGGGAACUUGUCAUGCGACGCAAUAAACAGUAUGAGCUUACACUUCAGUUGCAAAUUAUCGAAUCUCAACUUCAUGAGGCGAUUGUAUGUCGCGAAAGCGCUGAUGAGCAACUGUUGGCAUGCCAGUGCCAGAUACGAGAGUUUGAACGAGUGUUGCAAGACUCUUUUGAAUGGAAGAAAAAAAUUGAGAAGGAGAUGGCAUUGGAGAAGACAAAUGCUGCGAAACAAGUUGAAGAACAACGCAAGAUGUUGGCCACCGAGAAGCGUGAGCUCGCAAAAUUACAAAGACAACAUGAGGAAGUGAAGGAGCAGCUGGACAAACGAUUUGCACAGGAUAAGCAGCGAGAACUGCUAAUUCUAGACACAAAACAACUUUUGAGUGCGCAAGAAGCUCUCUCGUCGAAGAAAAAAGGUCGAAUAAAUGACAAUAACAAAGGGGUGGAGUUUGAGUCAGAGGCAAGAAUUGCAGUUAAGUUAAAAAAGGAUCGGUCGGAAAAUCAGCUCGAGGCACUUCGUCAGCAAACUGAAAGCAAUGUUCGAAAGUAUGCGGAUAAAAAGAGACAAAUUCAUGAAAAAAAACAACGCCUCAAGAAAGAGUUUUCAGACUUAUUGACAGAAUUUCGCGCGGUUCAAAGUGCAAAGUCAAAACUUGUAAGAAAAUACACGGAUGUACUUGGCAAAGCCACUUCGAAUUGCUUUUUGGGUAUCUUUGAUCUACGAAAAUGCUGGCUCGUUGAUGAUGACCUGCCGCCAAUAUUGAGCUUGUUAGGGAGUAAAGAGUAUGAACGACAGCUACAACGAGUUGAUCUGCGCUGUAAUCGUCUUACAAGCGAAGGAAUGGGUCGAAUUCUUGUACUAGUAAAAAAAAUGGUUUUGAAUCUCGCAUCUCAAACUACAAACAUGAUUCGAGAAGUUGAUUUACGUCGGAACUACGUUUCGCUCGAUGGCAUUCGUCUUAUAGCCAAAGGACUCGAGUCGCUUAUCCCAGACAAAAAUAAUACACGUAGGACCGGCGAAAUUGAAUUAAAAAGUGUCGCGGUGACCAAGGAUGGAAGGAUUGAAGUUUAUGCUGUUGGUUCUGUUAAUAGCAAUCGGUUUUUAAAACCAAUUUGUGAGAAUUUAGACAUUGAGCCUCAGGUCCCAAUCCUCGUUGUUGAUGUUUCUGAAAACUUAGAUGCAGAAUGGCUAUUUGCUGAUUCGAAGUUAUAUCAAGCUGAUAGUCGAAGUAAAGAUUUAAAUAUAUCGAGCGAGGGCAAGUUUCCGCGUUUAUGA